UUCUCAGGUUUUGUAAAAUAUAUUUGUUCUUCUAAACCAUUCUGCUUACACCAGAAUCGGCUCUCACCUUACUACCAAUCUCCACCACCUUCCAACCUCCAAGAGCCGCCUUGAGAUUGAGGAAUACAAUCAGAAGCAUCGAAAAACGAUCAUCGCAGAGCGCUCUGCCUUUUCUCAAGACCAAAGGUUAAAAAAGGCAUGGAGAGUUAUGAUUUGCAUAAGUUAUCAAUCAUGACGCAGUGCAUAGACGGUGUUAAGCAUUUAUGCACCUCUGUUUUAGGGUGUUUUGAUCUCGAUUUGUAUAAACAAUCUGGUGGCGGACUUGGUGACCCUGAAUUGCUUUCGAGAGACACAGUUUUUAGUGUGAGUGAGAUAGAAGCUCUAUAUGAGCUGUUUAAAAAAAUCAGCAGUGCUGUGAUUGAUGAUGGGCUUAUAAACAAGGAGGAGUUUCAGUUGGCAUUGUUUAAGACAAAUAAGAAAGAGAGCUUGUUUGCUGAUCGAGUUUUUGAUUUGUUUGACACAAAGCACAAUGGAAUACUUGGGUUUGAGGAGUUUGCUCGAGCUCUCUCUGUAUUCCAUCCAAAUGCACCUAUAGAUGACAAAAUCCAAUUUUCAUUUCAGCUAUAUGAUCUUAAACAGCAAGGUUUCAUAGAACGGCAAGAGGUAUAUUCAAAUAGGUUUCAUAUUAAACUGCACUUUAUCAUCAUCCUCACCGCUGUUUUUGUCCAGGUGAAACAAAUGGUUGUGGCUACGCUUGCUGAAUCUGGAAUGAACCUGAAGGAUACUGUCAUUGAGGAUAUAAUUGACAAGACGUUUGAAGAAGCAGACACGAAACACGAUGGAAAGAUUGAUAAGGAAGAGUGGAGAAGCCUUGUUCUUAGACAUCCUAGCCUUCUCAAGAACAUGACUCUUCAAUAUCUCAAGGAUAUCACGACUACGUUUCCAAGCUUUGUGUUCCAUUCUCAGGUUGAAGAUACCUGAAGAUAAAAGAGCAAUCUGCAAAGACUUUACGGUUUUUUGUUCAUUACUUUCUUGUGAAGUUCAUUUGUUUCUCUGAACUCACUCAUUUAUUUUUCUCUUGCCGAACUUUGUUGUGAGGCAAAAUUCUUUUCGAUUUUGCAUCCAGGCCUAUUUGUAGAUACAACUGGUCCAUAUGAUAUGUAAAGUUUUGAAGUUGAUCGAUCUUUUACCCAAGUGGUUUGAUUCAA